AUGGCUCCUACUCCUGUUUGGUUCAUCACCGCCGCCUCAUCUGGCUUCGGCCGUGAGAUCGCCCUCAUCGCACUCAAACUCGGCCACACCGUCGUCGCCACAGCCCGCAACGCCUCACGCAUCCAGGAUCUCGCCGAUGCGGGUGCGCACACUCUUUCUUUCGAUGUCACCUCACCUCUGAGUGACAUUGAAGCUGUCGCAAAGGAUGUCUUUGCUAAACAUGGGAGAGUCGAUUAUCUCAUCAAUGCUGCUGGGUUCAUUCUUGAGGGCUCGGUUGAGGAGUCGUCGCCUGAGGAGGUGUAUGACAGUUUCAAUACCAAUGUUUUUGGGACUUUUAAUACUGUCAAGGCGUUUUUGCCUGGUAUGAGGGCCCAGGAUAUCGGAGAGAAUGAUACAAGGGGUACUGUUGUCACGUUUGGAAGUCUGGGUAGUUGGAACGGAGGGCCGAGCUACAGUGUCUACGCCAUGACAAAGUCGUGUGUGAGCUCCCUCGCAGAGUCACUCAGAGAGGAACUCGCUCCGUUCAAGAUCGUCGCCACAGUCGUCGAACCUGGAUACUUCCGCACCAGCUUUCUCAACCCAGGUGUAAAAGUCACGACGAAGCAGCGCAUCGCCGCCUACGACGAUGAGAACACGCCCACGGGUCAGACCAGGAGGGUUCUGAACAAGACGGAUAACGAACAGGAGGGAGAUGUGAGGAAGGGGUGUCAAGUUAUUGUUGAUGUGCUUACGAGGAGGGAUGGGAGGGAGGUUCCGGUUAGGAUUGUGUUGGGCAAGGAUUGCGAGGCUUUUAUUAGGGGGAAGUGUGAGGCUACUGUUGGGUUGUUGGAUGAGUGGAAGAGCUUGAUUGUCAGUACUGGCCAUGAUGAGUGA